CGGGACUUUCUGCUUGCAAGGCAGGCAGUGGAACCACUGAGCUAAAUCUCCAGCCCUAUUUGUUUUCCAUUGUAAAAUAAUUCAUUCUCAUUGUAAGCCAUUAAAUACAGUACAGUUGAAGAAAAGAAAGGGAAAUAAAAUAAAUUAAAUAAAAAAUUACUCCCAACCAGGGCUACACAGCUCCUUAACUAAGUGCAUUUUUCUAGGCUGAGUCUUAUGCUAUCAAAGAGGAAUAACAGGAAAAAGAACAAAAGUAAAUAGGUUAGAACAAGAAAUUUGGAAGGUAAAGAAAUAAAUUAAUACUGCUCUCAAUGAAUAUGUACAGUAAAGCUUAAUUUAAGAUGAAUGUAGAGCUUGCAAACAAAAUUAACCAGGGCAGAGGUGCUUGCAUGAUGUGUGCAAUUAAUGCUCAUGCCCUUAGAGGUUAUAAAUUUAACUUUGGCUACUAACUCAAGACGCUGAGUUUUCACAUUAUAAGGACCUGAUUCACUCCCUGAGGUCAGACUCUGGCCUGGUAAUCUGCCCUGACACAAGGUCUUCUUGAGACCUUAUCAGUCUCCCUCAGUGGGUCAAUGUUAUGAAGACUUGGGGAGUCUGGGAAGAGUUCCUCCCCCUCCCAGGCUGCUAUCAAAGGGCAACAGGGACCAUGACAGAAAGCAAACAUUCAGACCAAAGCCAGAUGUGGAACUGAAGCAGCAAAAGAAAACAAAGAACAUCAGGAGCAUAUUUCUGCUACUCACUGAGGAACAGAGGGGCUACUGAGAUGGAGAAUCACAAGACUGAUACAGAGAUGGUCUAUGGUGAGCUCACUGUAAAAGUGGGCAGAAUUACUUUUGGAGAAGAAAAUAGGAAGAAGAUGACCAAUGCCUGUUUGAAGAGAACUGAGAAUUCAAAAAUCAUCCAGGCUAUCUGUGCGCUGCUAAAUUCUGGAGGGGGUGUGAUCAAAGCAGAGAUUGAUGAUAAAACCUAUAGUUACCAAUGCCAUGGGCUGGGGCAAGAUUUGGAAACUUCAUUUCAAAAGCUUCUUCCAUCAGGUUCACAGAAAUACCUGGACUACAUGCAGCAGGAACAUGAUCUCCUGAUUUUUGUAAAGUCAUGGAGCCCAGAUGUUUUCAGCCUCCCACUGAGGAUUUGCAGCUUGCGUUCUAAUUUAUAUCAGAGAGAUAUAACCUCUGCUACCAACUUGAGUGCCAGCAGUGCCCUGGAGCUUCUAAGAGAGAAGGCAUAUAGAGCCCAAAGAGGUAGACCAAAGUUGCAUCCUCAGAAAGUUCUCAAAAAAUAUGUUCAGGAAGAGGAAGAUAUGAGGACAUCUGCCUUGGAAUUUUUAGAAAAGGAGAAACUCACAUAUAAGGAGAAGCUCAACUUUACGGAAUCAAUACAUGUUGAGUUUAAAAGGUUCACUACCAAAAAAGUUGUACCUCGGAUUAAAGAGAUGCUGCCUCGUUAUAUCUCUGCUUUUGCCAACACUCAAGGGGGAUACCUAAUUAUUGGGGUUGAUGAUAAGAGCAAAGAAGUGUUUGGAUGUAAGAGAGAAAAAGUGAACCCUGACUUAUUAAAAAAAGAAAUAGAAAACUGCAUAGAUAAACUGCCCACGUUCCACUUCUGUUGUAAGAAGCCCAAGGUGAAUUUCACUACCAAAAUCUUGAACGUGUAUCAGAAAGAUGCCCUGUAUGGCUAUGUCUGUGUGGUUCAAGUAGAGCCCUUCUGUUGUGUAGUGUUUGCAGAGGACCCGGAUUCCUGGAUCAUGAGGGACAAAUCUGUCACCAGGCUGACAGCUGAGCAGUGGGUAGUCAUGAUGCUGGACAUUCAGUCAGCUCCUUCCAGUCUGGCCACAGACAACAAUGCUCAUCCGCUCGCAUCAGCUUCAUCUCCACUAAGAAGCCCAGCAUAUGCCAUAAAAGUCUCGAAAUUUAAGGGGGCUCUGCAACAAUGUUUGUUUCCAGUGACACGGGAAGAAAUACAUUUUAAACCAGAAUCCCUCUGUGAGAAGCUAUUCUCAGAUCAUAAGGGACUGGAGGAAUUAAUGAAGACACAGAUACAUCCUUGUUCUCAGGGGAUUGUAAUAUUUUCAAGAAGCUGGGCUGGUGAUAUUGGCCUAAGGAAAGAGCAGAAGGUUCUGUGUGAUGCUCUCCUGAUAGCAGUUAACAGCCCCCUGGUACUCUAUACAAUCCUAAUAGACCCCAGUUGGAUUGGAGGACCUGGAUAUGCCCACGACACAGCUUGUCAGCUAAAGCAGAAACUUCAGGCUGUUGGUGGCUACACAGGGAAGGUGUGUGUCAUUCCAAGGCUGAUGCACCUGACCAGCACCCAGUGUAGACCUGCAGAAUAUCUAGUGCACUAUCCCCAAUCCUACAGCCUUGCCAGUGAGAAUGAAAUGGAGGACUUGUUACAGGCCCUUGUGGUCAUCUCACUGUGCUCUCAGUCUCUUCUGAGUGACCAGCUGGGUUGUGAGUUUUCCAACCUGCUUGUAGCAGAGCAGUGUGAAUUGCUAUCCAAGAGCCUUCAGGAAACCCGGGAAUUGUUCAUCUACUGCUUUCCAGGAACCAGGAGGACGGCCCUAGCCAUAAAGAUCAUGGAGAAAAUUAAGGACUUGUUCCAUUGCAAACCAAAAGAGAUCCUCUAUGUCUGUGAAAGUGACUCCUUACGGGAUUUCGUGAUCCAACAGACCACCUGCCAAGCUGUGACCCGGAAAACUUUCAUCCAAGGGGAAUUCCCCGAAACUCAACACAUAGUAAUGGAUGAGACUGAGAAUUUCUGCAGUAAAUAUGGGGAUUGGUAUGUGAAAGCUAGGAGCAUCACCUACCCAAAGGUGAAGGGGCCUGGAAGUGAAAACCUUCACUAUGGGAUCCUCUGGCUUUUCCUGGACCCUUUCCAAAUCCAUCAUACAGAUGUCAGUGGCCUUCCUCCUCCUUCUGCUCAGUUUCCUCGGAAAACAAUCACCAAUGGGGUCCACUGUGCUCUGGAAAUAGCAAAGGUCAUGAAAGAAGAAAUGAACAGGAUCAAAAGAAACCCUCCUUCUCACAUGUCUCCAGACACAUUAGCAUUGUUCCAGGAAGAUGCCUAUGAGGAAGCCAUGUGUGCCCAGGCUCUGCCUGGGGUAUAUGAGACAAAGACUAACCUGACAACAGAACAAAUAGCCAACUAUGUGGCAGAAAGAUGUCACAGCCUGUUCCAGUGCGGCUAUUUGCCCAAAGAUGUGGCAAUUUUGUGCAGGAGAGGAGAGGACCAAGGGCGUUAUAAACAUGCACUGCUAAGAGCAAUGAAAUUAAUUAAGACCCAUGGAGCAACAGAGGUUGUGUUCAGCCAGGCUGCUGGUGUUCACGGCGAUGGCAUUGUUUUAGAUAGUAUUUGGCAGUUUUCAGGCCUGGAGAGGAAUAUUGUGUUUGGGCUCAGUCCAGAAUGUACCCAGUCAGAGGAGUUUCAUAAGCUCUGGUUUGCCUCAAAAGCCAUUAAACACCUCUACCUGCUUUAUGAAAAGAGGGCAGCCUUCUGAAAAUCCUUUUGAAUGACACAGAAAGCCAGGGAGAGCAGCUACUCCCAGGCAGCUACUUCUUUUUACUAUUGCAAGGAAAGAAUGAAGGCACAUCGAUCUAGCCUGGAGCUGCAGAAAUGUCUCCUAGGGCAGAUCCUUCAUUCCCAGUCCACUUCUCCUCCCUGUACAAUUAUAGCAGACUUAUAAUUGGUCCCCUGCUUCCUAGCCCAGUCCAGUUUUCAUCUUGUCAUUCAAAGAAUUUAUCCUCAAGUAGAGAACUGCUUUUAUGUAAUUCUCUGCUAACAUACCACCAGUGCCCCAACUUUCAGACCAAACCAGUUCCCCAGGCUUUCUGUGAUGUGCUCUGACCUACUCUCCUAAUCACAUCUUUGGUUAUAACUCGUCUUCAAUGCACCCCAGCUUCACUGGCCUAUUUUGUAGGUGGUGGUAGGGUGUCCUCCAGUCUAAUUAUUUGACUCAGAGCUCCUAGCAUCUCAUACUACCUAUAAGUCUCAAGCUUUACAGGUCAAGAGCUUUUUUCUUCUUUACAAGUCUAGAUCAGUCUCUCAGGGAUGGCUUUUUGCUAACCAAACUCACAAAAGCCCAGCACGUAAAUGAAAAAGCCACUCUGUUAAUUUACAGUGAGGAUUGUGGUAACAAGUGGGCAUGUGGCUUUUGCUAAUCUGUGAAUUCAACAAUGUAGGGAGUGCAGUUAUACAAGCAGAGCCUUUUGGUAAAGGAAGCUGAUCAUCUAAUUCCAAUGUAAGAAGUAUUCAGGGUAUAUGAGGCUAUUAUUCCUAUAGUUAGCAUCUGUCAGUCAUCACAGAAUCAUCUGACUUUUCUGGAAAUAAUGUGAAUUUCUUGAUCUGCAAAGCUCAGGAUCAGAUUCUGGUCAGAUUCCUGACCCACCCAAGGUCAGGCUUUCCCAACAUUAAUGGCCAGGAAAAAUGUUGCAUCUUGGCUUCUCCCAGUACAAGCUUGGAGAUAUUUCCUGGUGAUUUGAAAUGUAAAGUCUCCACCAUCCUUCCUUUAAAGCCUCUUAGAAAUAUAUGUAUAAUAUCAGAGCAGAUCUCACUGGUUACCAAAUAAAACGGAUAUUUAGAGAGUUCCAGGGACAGUAUUUUCCUUCGAAAUCUACCUCUCCUACAAGUGGAAGGAGGGACCUUAGGCUACCUCAUUAGUGUCUUCAGUUGAAAGAAAGCAAACCUGAUUUUGAAACAUAUAGGAUCAAUUUUCAGUUUUGUUCCUUCUUUCAUUCUCAGCCUAAAAGAAGUGAAAAUUGAGGAAGUAAAAGACAGCCAUUAUGUACUUUCCUUUAUUGGUUAUUACUUCAGAAUUAUCUCGGCCAUUUGCAUUUGAAAUUCACGUUCUUCCCUGUUUUAAUCAGGAAAGGCUGUCUUCUUUGUCCAGUUGUACGGCCUGGAAGAGGCAAGUGGAGAUAGAGAGGGGGCUAGACAGUGAGAGAACCAAGGGCUCCUCUCCUAGCCAGGCAGACUUGACAAAUAAAUCCUGCCAGCCAAUGGCUAAUACAUCAAAAUACUUCUUUCUAUAACUCCAUUCCUGUCUCCUCUGAUAUGUAUAUAGCUAUGUAUAUGUAUUAGCUAAUACAUAUUUAUAUGUGUAUAUAUAUUAGCUAAUAUAUAUUUAAUGUAUAUAUACCAGCCGUUAUGGCUUGUGUCUAGAUGUCGCUCCAAAGCCUCAUGUGGUCUA